AUGUCUUUGGCUCUGGGCGGCCUGCCAAGCGUGCUGCCAGCGGACAAGCUGGCGGAACUCAAGGAGACCGCGGGGAAGCUCUGCGCGCCAGGCAAAGGUUUCCUGGCCGCCGAUGAAAGCGCCGGGCCCUGGCUCAGGGCACGACACGUAGAAGCGGCAAAGAUCCCAGAUGUGGCCGAGAACAGAGCAGAGUAUCGGUCUAUGUGCUUCGCAACUCCGGGCUUGAGCGAGCACAUCGGCGGAGUGAUCCUCCACUGGGAGACGCUGUUUCAACGAGAUGCGCAGGGCAAAGCCAUAGUGGACAUCAUCAAGGACAAUGGCAUGAUCCCUGGUAUCAAGGUGGACAAGGGCUACAACAAGAAGGGCAUCUGGGGAACUCCGGUGGGCCCUUUGGGACACCCGGAGGUGGCCACUGUGGGCUUGGAUGACCUACAGCAAAGAUGCCACCAGGCCUAUGAGCAGGGCGCCCGCUUUGCCAAGUGGCGCAACGUGCUGCAGUUGGACCCGGCGAAGCAAAUGCCCACAGAGCUAGCGAUCGCAGAUUGUGCGCAUACCUUGGCGCGCUAUGCCUCGAUCUCUCAGAGCGAAGGCUUGGUGCCCAUUGUGGAGCCGGAAAUCGUUCCCAAUG